GCAACCUUGCUACACGUACUUUUUAGGCCAUUGAAGUGAUACGGCGACUACAAGCGUCGACGAAGUUACAGAUUAUUUCCCACCGGUGACAAUUUCUCCAAAGAUGACCCGGCAGCAGAUAUUAACCCUCAUUGCAAUGGCAUCCAUAAAUGUCAGCUCAAUGAUAUGUUAUUCAAUAUUAGGUCCAUUUUUCCCACAAGAGGCUGCAAAAAGGGGUGUCGACCAAGCUGUAAUUGGUUUGAUAUUUGGAUGCUACGCCAUGUGCUCUUUGAUUGGUUCGUUAAUACUGGGUAAAUAUAUUGUCCAAAUUGGGGCCAAGUUCAUGAUAACUGCAGGGUUGUUCGUUUCAGGCGGGUGUACCGUGGCCUUUGGAUUCCUAGACAGAGUUCAAGAAGUAGAGGUGUUUAUAGCGCUCUGUUUUGUCGUGAGGUCUGUGAACGCAGUAGGCUUUGCUGCCGCUGUAACAUCCUCUUCUGCGGUAUCCGCAAAGGUUUUUCCCGACAAUAUAGCGACUGUCAUGGGUUUUAUGGAAAUCUUUACAGGAAUAGGACUUAUCCUAGGACCCCCAUUGGGGGGAUGGAUGUAUCAGGCCUUUGGAUAUGAAAUUCUGUUCAUCGUCUUGGGAUGUGUUCUUCUAUUGACUGUUCCCUUAACCAUGUGGAUUUUGCCCAGCUUUGAUGUGGUUGCCUCUCAGGACUCCUUCCUCAGGCUGUGUUCCCAAGUCAAAAUCAUUAUCAUUUGUUUUGUGAUAUUUACACUCAGCUCAGGAAUUGGCUUCCUGGAUGCCACACUGUCUCUGUUUGCAAAGGAAAAGUUUAGCCUGAGCACUGGAUCUGUGGGCUUGCUCAUGAUUGGGUUGUCAAUACCAUAUGGUGCUGCAUCACCCAUCUUUGGCAUUAUCAGCGAUAAGUAUCCAUUUAUGAGGAGGUGGAUGAUGGCAGUAGGAGGAAUGGCCACAUCGAUUAGCUUUUGUUUCCUUGGCCCUGUUCCUAUUUUGCAUAUUAAGAGCCAGCUUUGGCUGACUGUGAUUAUGUUGGUGGUCAUCGGGUUUUCUUUGUGCAUGACCUGCAUUCCAACCUUCACUGAGAUGCUUAUAUGUGCACAUAGUGAAAAUGACUUUGAGGAGGGCCUAAGCACGCUGGGUUUGGUAUCGGGACUAUUCUCUGCUGUGUGGGCCGCUGGGAUGUUCUUUGGGCCCACCACUGGUGGAUACAUCACACAGAAACUGAACUUUGAGUGGAGCGCAGGUUUUCAAGGAGGGCUCACAUUUCUUGCUACAUUUCUACAAAUAAUAUACAUCGCCAAUGACAAAAUCCAGAAAAGAAGGUUACAGAAGAUGAACACAACUGAAUCCACAGUGAUUGUACAAGAAAGUUCCCCUCUUCUCUGUUCUGCUCAACACUGUUAGCUUCUGACCAUCUGCAACAUAAUGAUUCUUCUCCCUAAAAAGCCAUUCUAAACCCUAAUCAAAAUUGAGAGAUCAAAGAAGUAGUACUUUUUAAAAUGUGUUCUUUACACAACUGAGGAGCAGUAGUACAACACACAUUAAACAAUCUCCCUAUUUUACUUUGGAGUAGUUUCCAAAAUGGGGGUAGACCACUGAGUGCUGUAAAACUGACUUCACUGGAUUUAAAGCUUAUUGAACUGUCAGCAGCUCGAAGAUAGAGCUGUUAAUGUUGCUAAUGUUUCUGCCUUAAAUAAAUGGUCAAUACAAAGAUGUAAGUACUGAUUUUACAUAAAAUAUUUUCAUAUACUAUAUUUUUCAUAAAUACUUUGAUUAUAAAUACAAUGUAAUGAUUAUGUACUUGUAUAAAGUUUUAUAGCAGAU